UCUUUGGAGAUAAUAAAGUGUUCAUUUCUUCAAAGAUGUAAAAGACAUACUCAGAUUUCCUAGAUUGUACUUAUAAUUGCUUUGCUUAUCACUGUAUAUUAUUAUCAUCACAGACUAAUCCACUGGAUUUUUGGGCCUCAUUUGCAAGUGAAUCUGGGAAAAAGAUGGUUGUGAAAUUUAUGUGAACCAAUAUCCUAUUCCUCCUUCCCUGUUUCUUUUAAAAAAUAUUUCCUCUUCCUUUUUUCUACUUUUCCCCUUCCUUCUCUACCUUCUCUGCCUGUCUCUCUCAGUGACCAUCAACAUUUCCCUGUUCUUUCCUUUCACGUGGCUUCAUUCAACCAUGUCCAAAGCACUUCUCCUGCCACUGUGUUCUUGGUUUUUCAGUUUCUGCCUUCUAGAUUAGCCCUAACAUCAAUUCAAAGGAAAAAAGAAAAGUUCAACUUUGAGUAUUUUGAUGUAUAAUUACAAAUGGCAUUGAAUGUUUUCUUUCUCCCUUCAGCUUUUCAGAACCCUUCAGACAUAUUUUAAAGGAAGAGGUCUUGAUCUUGGGAGGUUUACGAAUACUUUCUCCUUGAAUGAGAAUCCCAGACCUCUCUCUUUCCAAUCAGAACUUAUUGCUUCUACAUAUAAAGAUUAUGAAGAGCAGAAAAACUCCUUUCCCAAUUAUCUCAAAGGCUGAAAGCUCCUUCUGAGCUCAGGUAACUGUUGGCUCUUUAUCCCCUGGCUCUGUGCAAACAUACGACUCAAUUGUCAAGUAGAGAUUUUUAAAGUAUUUAUUUGAAAAAUGACUUUAUUUCCUCAUAGACAUAAAUGCUCAGUUCUGAUUAUACUUAUCACUG